AUGAUGAACACGUCGACGCGCUGGCUGGUGUGGAGCACUCAGGAACCGGACGAGAGGCUGCAGGUGCGGGUGGACAGUGACGUCACGUGGGCCACGUGGCGCGUGGGCGGGGGCGACGCCGUGCUGUGGGGGCUGAUCCGCCUCCACCCCGGCUGGCCGCUGGCGCGCUGGCCCGUGGGGAGGUGGGCGCCCGCCGCCGGACUCCAGUACGACAACCGGAGACUCCAGUGGGUCGCCAAGAAGAACCUCCAGGGCCUGGCGCUGGGCGCCGCGCUGCCGAUCGUGGACACGCCGCUGGACAACCUGGGCGAGCGCCUGAAGAACGUGAACGACCGCCAGCUGGACACGAUGGCGCGCUUCGGCUGGGGUCUCUCCACCACGCUGGCCAGGCUGCUCAACUUUUCGAUCAUACUGUACCGCGUGCGCAACUUUGGGUCACUGGUGAGUGACAACGAAAUGGACGGAGCGGUCGCUCUCAUUCACAACGGCACCGUCGAGUUUGGAGCGGCUGGUUUCAUAAUGACCACCAGGCGCAUGGACUUCAUGGACUACACGGGACCUGGCCGGCUGUGGGCGCCAGAAAUAAUGUUUCGGCACCCCAAGUCGGCGAGCGUCCUCACGACGAUCUUCAAGCCGUACACGGCGGAGCUGUGGGUGAGCAGCGGCGCGCUGUUUGUGCUGAUCCUGGUCGUGUCGCGGCUCUUCUGCUGGGUCGAGCACCGCGUCACCGCCACCGUCGACGAGAUAGACAACUCGUGGAACUCCACCUUCCUGCUCGUCUCCUCUGCCAUCGGGCAGCAAGGUGUGUCGCGGAGCUCGGAGUGGCUGAGCUGGCGCGUGCUGCUGUUCGUCAGCUUCCUGUGCACCAACCUGCUGGACACGCACUACGCGGCCGGCAUCGUGUCCUCGCUGCUGAUGCCGCCGCCCAGGACAAUCAACAACAAGAAGGACCUCGCCGACAGCCCACUCGGCUUCGGCCUCGAGAACGUCAGCUACACCUACCAGUUCUUCGUGAAGAGCGACGACCCGGUGGACCGUGCGCUGUGCAGCCGCAAGCUGUACCCUCCCGGCGGCCGGCCCAACUUCUUCCCCGCCGAGGUGGGCGUGCGCAAGAUGGCCACCGAGCUGUUCGCCUUCCACGCCGAGGACGUGCGCGUCGGCCCGCUCAUCGACCGCUUCUUCUCCGACGACGACAAGUGCGCGCUGGUCUUCAUACCUCUGCUCACGCCCGUCGCCACCUACACCGCCGUCCGCAGGAACUCGCCCGUCAAGGAGCUCUUCAACUUCGGACUGCGCAUGAUGUGGGAGCGCGGCCACAUCAGCUACCUGCGCAAGGCGUGGUACUUCACGCGCGUGCGCUGCCUCUCUGAGACGGAGUACGCCAGCGUGGACCUGGUGCCCAUGUCGCCCGCCUUCAUGCUGCUCGGCUGCGCCAUCUUCCUGUCCGGCCUGCUGCUGCUGCUCGAGGUCCGGCAGUACCGUCGGUCGCAGACUGAAGUGAUCCCUGUGGUGCCAAACCUCUCCGGUCAGAAUCUGAAGAAGAAACUUGGAAACUUACAAACAGGACGGCAGAAAACCCAGCUCAAACACCAGCAGCAAUAUUAUCAACAGCAGGUGCAGCAGCUGAACAACUACCAGGGGAACCAGACACAGAAGAAAAUGCUGCUGCAGAUGAUAAUAGAAGAAUAG